AUGGAGACAACGACGCGAUGGCUGAACGAGGAACACACGAGUCUCUCGGGGGCAUCGCUAGGUAAAAUCAUAUCCACGGGGCUGCUACUUGGCGUCGUGCAUGUGCUCACGGGUCCUGAUCACUUGUCCGCCUUGGCCGCCAUGACCACGGGGUCUUCUUGGCGAGCGUUCACGCUGGGCAUACGAUGGGGCUGUGGUCAUUCCAUCGGUCUUAUCGUCAUGGCACUCAUCUUCUUCGUUGCCGGCCAGACGGUGGACUUGGACGCUGUGGGCGGAUAUCUCAAUUAUGUAGUGGGCUUCUUCAUGAUCGCGCUAGGUGCCUGGACGGCGGUGCACGUGAGAAAGAAAUACCACAAUCAACUGAAAGAGGGAGUGCAGUCGCUCGUGAGCGGAGAGGGUGGACGUGGUGAUAGCAAUCGUGCCAGUCACAGCAGCACGGGCGCCACACCGACCAAUUUGGUGGAGCUUGUGCCACUGUCUCAGCGGAGAGUGUCGAAGACUUCGUCAUCAUCCUUCCAUCUCUUGGUCAAAGAGGACGGUGACUCAAGUCAAGCUGAGCCAGUCAAAUUCUCGAAGGUGCACCCUAACAAAUGGAAUUGCUGCCGACACGCGAGUUUCGAGAAUCCGGCUACACAAAAGAUCAUGGCUCUACUUGUGGGAAUUAUCCAUGGUUUCGCCGGACCCGGUGGCAUCUUGGGCGUGUUGCCUGCCGUAGUGUUGAAUGACUGGGUCAAGUCUGCGGCAUACUUGGGCUCAUUCUGCGUGGCCUCAAUCUUCAUCAUGGGUGUCUUUGCGGCGCUGUAUGGUGAAGUUACUGGCCGACUUGGAGGCAACUCGUUAGUGAUGGAGUUCCGAAUCGGCAUUUUCUCCGCCUUCUUCUCGUUCGUUGUCGGUGUUGCGUGGAUUGGGCUGCAGGCUACAGGCCAAAUGUCUGCCGUCUUUGGGGAAUAG